UGUGAAGAUGGUUAGGUGUUAAAUAGAGGUGCUGAGCUGAGACCCGAGGCCAGAGUCAGGGCUGAGGGUCCAAGCCAGAGAGGCAAGUAAGAUCUGGAAUGAGGUCAGGUUGAUCAGACUUCUCCCCAUCAUUCCUAAAACCACACAUAUUUCACACCUGCUUUGGCUUUUCUGAGAGAGGAGCUGAUCCACUUUGCAUGGUUUCCCCACCUCUGAACAUAAGAAAUGAGACAUAGAACUAAGAAACAGGGAAUCGCUUCAACCAUUGCUGUAAAAUCCUUGUCAUGGACAUCUUAAUGCUAAUCAUUGUCAUCAUCAUCACUGUGUGCCUGCAUGGACGAACACCACAAUGCCCUGACACACCUGCUCCAGUGCCCUCUACAGCCUGCCCCUCUCGGUGGAUCAACUAUAAAGGGAAAUGCUACUUUUUCUCCGAGGAAGAAAGAGACUGGACUUCUGCACAGAGCUUUUGCACUUCCCGUGGCUCCUCCCUGGCUGUAAUACAGAGCGAGCCAGAAAAGGUGUUCAUGCUGCGCUACAUGGGCAAUAUUGGUCACUGGUUUGGACUCCGGAAGGACCCUCACCAAACCUGGAAAUGGGCAGAUGGGACAGAAUUCAACAACAUAUUGGAGCUGAAAGGAGAAAAUGGAGACUGUGCAUAUCUGAGCACUGGCUUUGCCAUGUCUUUGCAUUGCUCCGUAAGAAGAAAUUGGAUCUGCAGCCAGCCUGAUGCUUACACAAGGAGUAAGGGCCCUGCAGUCGGAGGGUGAUAAGCCAGUGGACAGAGGUGCCAUUCAUUCCCCCACCUCCCCCACCAGAUUUCAGGGUGGAAGUCUGGUCCCCCACAGCCCCAGGCUGCUGCGAAGCUUUGGAAUGCACUCCCUGUUGAAAUAAGAGCCUCUCCAUCUCUGACAACAUUUAAAAGGGCAUUUAAGACACAUCUGUUCACCCAGGCUUUUAAUUAGAUACUGUUUUAAUAAUUUUUAACAUUGUUCUAAAUUUUAAAUUAUUGUAAUGUUUUUUUAAUCUUUUUAUUUUGUUUUGUUUGUAUUGUUUUAUUGUAAACUACCUAGAGAUGUAAGUUUUGGGUGGUAUAGAAAUAUGUCAAAUAAAUAAACUGAGUGCUGUGCACUG